CAGCCAUGUACCUGAGAGUAGCCACACUGUGUCUCCUGCUCUCUCUCAUCCCCGAAUGCUGCCCUCGCGCCCUCGGUCGCCCGAGCAACGGGCUCCGGGAGUGCCGGGCCAGCUCCGGGACCACGCCUGCGCUGGAGGUGCUGCCCGGAGGGGGCUGGGACAACCUGCGAAACGUGGACGCGGGCCGGGUGAUGAACCUCAGCUACUCGCUGUGCCAGACCUCCGAGGACGGCGCCUACCUCAUCCCGGACGAGGUCUUCGUCGUCCCGCAGAAGAUGAGCGGGGUGGAGACCAACUCGGAGAUUAUCACCAGCUGGCUGGAGCAGCGCAGCUCCACGGCCCACUCCAUCAACGGGGACUUCUCCUUCCUCUCCGUGCUCAACGCCAAGUUCUCCACCGAGAACCAGCGCAUGAAGACCCACCAGGUCAAGGAGGGGUCCGUCACCACCCGCGUGCAGGUGCGUAACUUCAUAUACACCGUGAGGGCUCACCCAGAUUUCACGCUGGACACCCGCUUCACCCAGCAGGUGGCAGAAAUCGCAGAUGCCUUGGAAAACAACCGCUCACGGCACGCCACAUACCUCUCUGAGAAGCUGGUGCUCGACUACGGCACACAUGUGGUGACGUCGGUGGACGCCGGCGCCACCUUGGUGCAGGAGGACUACCUGCGGGCAUCCUUUGUGUCCGACAGCGAGACGGCUCGAUCCUCUGUCACUGCCUCAGCUGGCAUAAACUUCUUUAACAAGGUCAACUUUGGCAUAGGUGGAGGGGAGUCACAUGAGACUGCAGAAACCCGCACAUAUGAGGGCAACACCACCUACUCCCUGACUCAGAGCCACGGUGGGGUCCCUUAUUACCCAGGCAUCACUCUGCAGAAGUGGCAAGAAAGCAUCACCAACAACCUGGUGGCCAUCGAUCGCGCCGGACUGCCGCUGCACUACUUCCUGAACCGUGCGACACUCCCGGACCUCCCGGAGCCCACUGUUCAGAAGUUAGCAGUGUCGGUGCGUCACGCUGUGAGGCGUUACUAUGACAUCAACACGCACCCGGGCUGCGUCAAGCCCGACUCCAAAAACUUCAACUUCCAGGCUAACGUGGAUGACAAUUCCUGUGAGGGCCCGGCCACCAACCUCAGCUUUGGUGGGGUGUACCAGCAGUGCACUAUGCUGUCCCCCAAUGCUGGUCCUCUGUGUCAGCCACUGGCAGUGAAGAACCCAGACACAGGGGACUUCUCCUGUCGCCAGCCCUACAGUGCAACCCUGCUGCGCUCUGAGGUGCGGGAGGAGGGCUACAGCCAGUAUGAGUGUCACACGCAUUGUCACAGCUGCUGGCUGUUCUUCUCCUGCUGCAGCCAGGUGUGUGGGGAUACCUACUAUGUCCGACGGGCACGUGUGGACACUUACUGGUGCUCCACUAGUGGCGAAGUCAAAGAGUUCUCAGGCUACCUCUUUGGAGGGCUGUAUAGUCCAUCGCUCCAGAACCCUCUCACUAAAUCUCACAGCUGUCCUCCCAGCUUUUUCCCACUGAGGCUUCUAUCUGAGGGCCUGAAUAUCUGUUUGAGCAAGGACUACGAGGCUGCCACAAGGUUCUCCGUGCCUUUUGGGGGGAUGUUCAGCUGCAGCUCUGGCAACCCCCUGGCUGCAGGCCAGCAGCGCUGCCCUCCACAGUUUAGCCAGCACAUGGCGGCCAUAAGCGAUGGUUGCCAGGUGCUUUACUGUGUGCAGUCGGGUGUCUUUACAGGGGGGCAGCUGCUGCCUAUCCGCCUGCCGCCCUUCACACGCCCCCCACUGAUCAGCAUGACAGCCACCAACACUGUGGCAGUGAUGACGGAGGGUGACCGGGCCUGGAUCAAAGUGGGAACGACCAAGAUGUGGAAACUGGCUGAGCCGGGAGAGGUCCAGAGGAUGGCGCAGAUGUUUGACGAGUCGGCAUCCCAGCUGUCAGGGGGCCAAAAGUUUGGGGUGGCCAUUGGGGUGAUUGCGGUGGUCGCCAUGGUAAUUGGGGGGAUCGUCUUCAUGAUGAAGAGAAGGAGACGAUUCAGACCGACAGAGAGCAGAGGGUACGCGGAGAUUCGAAGCGAGGUGCAAGGUGAGGCAAUCCCAGGCGCUGAUACCAAGGCAGAGCCAAAGAUGGAGCGGCAAGAUUCCACCCAGCCUUUGCUUCCCUGAGAGCAGGCAUAUCACGGAAUAUCAUAGCUUUCAUAACUUUCACCUUACAGUUUCACCUAAUGAUUAUAAAUGUCACUUUUUCUUAAAAAUUCUCCCAAUCAACUGUUAUCCAUUCCUAAUCAAUGCCGUCUAUACAAUCCACAACAAUUCUGCUGAUAGGGAAGACAGGCCAGCAAAAUGUGCAUUAGGUGUAACUGAAUUAACAAGUAGACAAGAAACAUUGAACUAAUGCAUAUAUGCAGAUAACCUGGCAGAUGUUAUGCACAGAAUAAUGGGAAUUGUAGUAUGGAAAUGGAAAAUUGUAAUAAUACCAGUUGACUUAACCUGUACUUUUUUAUUAAUUGUUUGUAACAAAUUAAUUAAACUCUGUGGUAAAAUUACAUUCAUGCAAUAAAAGUGUUCUUAAUAUUUUACUUGUGAUAAGUCUGUGGUAACCCAUAAAGAAUCUGAUAGUAGGCAAGGCAGAUGGGCAAAAGAUGUUUCCGAUGCAGUGGAAUUAACAAGCAGUCAAGAGACAUGGAGACUAUAUGCUAUAAAACAGAUGAUAUGCUUAUC